GACAAGAUGGCGGCGACCGAGCGGUGGGGCCCGCGCGGCGGCGUCGGGGCGCCGCCAGGCUUCUAGGGGGCCGCGCUCCCGGGCGCGGCACGCGACCCCCAGGAAUGGGCUGUCCGCCUUCCGGCGCUCUGCUCUGGGGGCUCCUGCUCCUGCAGAGUGUCCCGAGACCCCUGCUAGGCGACUUGGCGUUCAUCCCGCCCUUCAUCCGCAUGUCCAGCCCUGCCGUCAGCGCGACCCUGCUCGGCGGCACCGACGGUGUCAGCGUGUCUCUGGCCUUGCUGCACGACGCGGAGGGGUGGCUGCCGCCGCCGAGCUGUGGCGCACAGAGCAAUGAGACGGGGAAUUGGAGCGUGACCGCGACCCCGCUGGUGGGUGCGCUGGAAGUGACCGUGAGCCUGAGGAUCGCCCCACCGUGGUGCUCCUCCGAAGGGACGGAGUCCUUCCCCGAGUCCCCGUGCCUGCUGCAGACGCUUCUGGUCACAGCAGCUCGGAAUGGCUCCUGCGAGGCGCACUUGCUCAUCCAGGCGGAAAUCUUGGCCAACUCCUCGCCUGCCCACAAUGCCUCAGAGAACGUGACCGUCAUCCCGAACCAGGUGUACCAGCCCCUGGGCCCGUGUCCUUGCAACCUGACGGCUGGGGCCUGUGACAUCCGCUGCUGCUGCGACCAGGAGUGCUCCGAGGACUUGCGCGGCCUGUUCCGAGAGGCCUGUUUCACCGGCGUCUGGGGCGGCGACGUGGCGCCCCCCUCGGAUCAGCUCUGCUCGGCCCGUGCGGCCCCCGGUGGCUUCCCCUUCCUGUGUGUGCAGUCGCCCCCCGCCAACUCGCCUUUCCUCGGCUACUUCUUCCACGGGGCCGUUUCCUCCGGACAAGACCCUUUCUCCUUCGGAGCGCAUCUGCGUGCCGACUCCAGACCCCCCUCGGACCUUGGUUACAGACAGGGAGAUCCAAUCAUCACUGAAGAAGAGGCGUAUUUCACCCUUCCACAGGUGUCGCUGGCGGGUCACUGUCUGCAGCAGGCCCCUGUCGCCUUCCUUCACAACCUCCACGUCCAGUGCAUCACUGACCUGGCAGCGCCUCGACAGCGAGCUGGGACCCCCCACGUGAGGAUCCGGAGCGUUGCCACGGGAGGCUUGGUCACGCCCAACGUUGUCUAUGAGGAGGCGGCCAACCUGGACAGACUCAUCAGCAAUGCAGAGAUACUUCUCAGCCGUGGCGUGGCCCCCAGAAGCAUGGCCGUGGAGGAGCACUAUACUUUUUGGUGGAACAAUAACACCGUCAGUGAGGUGGACGUCAGGAUCGUCAGAGCUUCUAUGCAUGCCCACCAGGAAGGGCUCCUGACACAGACAUUCACGGUCCAGUUUGUCAGCUACAACGGUGGCGUCGAGAAGGAAGUGUCAGGAAACCCAGGUUAUCAGCUUGGCAGGCCGCUGCGAGCUCUGGAUACCAACGGGUCGAGUAAUGUGACGACUUUACACCUUUGGCAACCAGUCGGAAGCGGCUUGUGUACUGCGGCGCGUCUCAAGCCCGUCCUGUUCGGAGAGAACGCGCAAUCCGGGUGCUUCCUGCUGGUCGGCAUUCCGCAGGCUGAGAACUGCACUCAGCUCAGAGAGGAGGCCGCAGAACAUCUCAAGUCAUUGAUCCAGUUGACCCACGUGGCCUCGAGAGGCAACUCAGACCCCCAGGACCUGAGUGACGGCUGGCUGGAGGUCAUCGGCAAAGGCCCAGCGGUGAGCAACACCAGCGGCAGCGGCGGCAUCUGCCAGGAGGUCCCGGCCCAGCUGCUCAUCCGCGUCCUCGUGUCAGACGCUGGUGCUGUGGAAGGGAUCCCGCAGGCAGCCAUCCUCAGCGUAGAGACCAGGUUCUCCCACGUGGACUGGCAGCUCCAGUGCGGGCUCACCUGUGAGGGCCGGGCCGAGCUCUUCCCUCUCGGAGCAUCUGUGCAGUUCAUCACGGUCCCUGCCCGGCUACCCCGUCCACUCACCAGGUACCAGAUAAAUUUCACCGAGUACGACUGUGAGAGAAACGACGUGUGCUGGCCGCAGCUCCUCUACCCACUAACCCAGCACUAUCACGGCGAGCCUUAUUCUCAGUGCCUUGCCAAGAGCCUACUACUGGCGGCCUUCCUGAUGACAGCCCUGCUCUUGAGUGACCCCUGGACCCGAAUACACAGAGCUGGAAACCCCUCCACAACCUGACUCCUUAGCAGCCCUCAGUGAUGUGCCUCUCUCCCUGCAGGCU